AACUAAGAAUAGAUAUCCAAAGUAGUGUUGUUUAUCAAAUAAAAGCAAUGUAGAUUUGUAGAACUGAUGCCAUAUGGUCUAGCAUGAUUAGAAUUCGACAGCCUGUUUGCCAACCCGAUUGGUUAAGCCAUCUGGUACGGGCCAGCCUGAUUUACCAGGUUUGGGUGCACCUCCUUUGCCAUGAGGUAUCGGCCAAACGGUCCAGACUUCUUUUGGCUUGGCCUGCCCUUACGGCUUUACCAUGCUGAGAUCAAUGAAGCACCAAGGCCAAUAUUACAAUAUUAUGUAGUCUUCAAAACUAACGAGGUCAAAAUUUUAAACUUAGUCCUCACAUUCCAAAUAUUGCAACCUGCAUCACAAAUUCCACCACAACAGCCUGUGCCAUUUUCCUUUGCAUUUUUAGUAAUUAAAUGCCGUGAUGUAUCAUUCAAUGCUCUUUUUCUAAACCAAUUGCCAUGUAUUGGACAUGCAGGAGUUCGUGCUGUGGAUGUGAACUUCGAGAAGAGUGAAGUAAAGGUUGUGGGAGCAUUCGAUUCGAAGAAGAUCCAUCAGAAACUAGAGAGGUUGAGCAAGAGGAAGGUGGAGGUACUAAAAGUUGAAGAAAACUACAAACACACAGUUGUGGUAGAGAAAGUUGUCAAGGAGACCAAAGAAGUGGCUGUAUUCACCCAUACCGUGAGGGUACAUCUGCAUUGUGAGCAGUGCGAGGCUGAUCUUCGUAGGAAGCUAUUAAGACAUAAAGGGAUCUAUAAUGUUAAAUCUGAUAUGAAAGCUCAGACUCUUGCUGUUGAGGGUACAAUUGAAAGUGAGAAGUUGGUUAAACACAUACGAAGUAAAUUCCACAAACAUGCAGAACUCGUAACUGCCAAGGAAAUAAAGAAGGAAGAGAAGAAAGAAGAGAUCAAGAAGGUAGAGGAAACGAAAACCACAAAGAAAGUCAUUGACGUUGAAGAAGUGAAAGAUGUGCAAGAGAAGCUUAAAGCAAGUAAUACUCCUUACAUUAUUCACUACGUCUAUGCUCCUCAGUGGUUUAGCGAUGAAGAUCCAAAUGCUUGUUCUAUAAUGUAAGAACUAACACACUCCUACACGAUGUGUGUAAUAACAUGAUUACCGCGAUAUAUUCUUAAAUCAUUUACACACCAUGAUUAUACUUGUAAAAUGUCCCCAGUAUGUUUUUGUAUAUAAUACCAAAGGCUAUAUAAGGGUUCAAUUUCCACUCU